UGCCAAGUGCUGAGCAACUUUGAUAACUUACUCAUGCCAAACUCCCAGGAGACAAUUUCCACAUUUGGAUUUAUAGUUACAUCCACAUGGGAAACUGAUCAUAAUCAUGAGGUUGCUGACUGAGUGGGAAAUGGGAUCCAGGAGAGGUGGCUGGUAAUCUGGUCAGAGGCGUAGAGCACAGACGCAUAGGGUGUCUCCGGCACGUCAUCCGUGGAAGGAAGGUGGCAGAUUAAGAAUGACCGAGAAGAAAUCACAGCUUUGUUCCGGAGCCAAUGUUUAUACUCAAGUGCCUGAUGGAGGGUGGGGCUGGGCAGUAGCUGUGUCUUUCUUCUUCAUUGAAGUCUUUACCUACGGUGUCAUCAAGUCAUUUGGCGUCUUCUUUAAUGACUUAAUGGACAGUUUUGAGGAAUCUAAUAGCAGGAUCUCAUGGGUAAUAUCAAUAUGUGUGUUUUUCUUAACAUUUACAGCUCCCCUCUCCACUAUCCUGAGCAAUCGUUUCGGACACCGCCUGGUAGUGAUGGCGGGAGGCCUGCUUGUCAGCACCGGGAUGGUGGUGGCCUCCUUCUCCCAGGAGGUGUACCACAUGUACAUCGCCAUUGGCAUCAUCUCCGGUUUGGGCUACUGCUUCAGUUUCCUCCCAGCUCUCACCAUUCUAUCUCAGUACUUUGACAAAAGACGUUCGAUCGUCACCGCAGCUGCUUCUACGGGAGAAUGUUUUGCUAUGUUUGCUUUUGCACCAGCGUUCACGGCUCUGAAGGAGAACAUCGGCUGGAGGUACAGCCUCCUCCUCGUGGGCGUGCUGCAGUUAAACAUCGUCCUCUGCGGGGCGCUGCUGAGGCCGAUUCUCAUCAGGGGACCAGGGUCACCGAAAACAACUGGACAGGAAAAUCCAAAAGAAGUACAAUAUAUGCUUGAAAACGAGAAAACUCGCACCUCGAUAGACUCCAUUGACUCAGGAGUAGAACUAACUACCUCACCUAAAAACGUGCCUGGUCACACGGCCGUGGAACUGGAGCCGAAGGCCGAUGUGGAGCAGCGGAUCCUGGAGAAGCCCAGCCCCAAACGCGGCGAUGAGAAAGGCCCCCUGUUGGACUUCUCCGUCUUGAAGGAGAAGAGUUUCAUCUGCUACACGUUCUUUGGUCUCUUUGCGACCUUGGGGUUCUUCGCCCCUUCCCUGUACAUCAUUCCCUUGGGCAUCAGCCUGGACAUCACCGAGGACCGGGCUGCUCUUCUGCUCUCCACAAUGGCCAUUGCCGAAGUGUUCGGGAGGAUUGGAGCUGGUUUCAUCCUCAACAGCCAGCCCAUCCGGAAGAUCUACAUUGAGCUCGUCUUCGUCAUCUUGUUGACUGUGUCUCUGUUUGCCUUUACGUUUGCUACUGAAUUCUGGGGUUUAAUGUCCUGCAGCAUAUUUUUUGGCGUUAUGCUUGGAACCGUGGCAGGCACCCACAUCCCACUGCUCGCGGAAGAGGACGUGGUGGGAAUUGAGAAGAUGUCUUCUGCCGCCGGAGUCUAUGUCUUCAUCCAGAGCAUAGCGGCGCUCGCUGGGCCGCCCCUGGCAGAUAAACAAGAUAAAACAAGGCAGGCCAGGAGAGAGAAGCGUCUGAGUGUGGGGGCCGGGGGAGAGGGGUUUGCGCCCGGUGCUGACGGUGUGCCUGCUCUCCCCAGGGCUGCUGGUGGACCACAGCAAGGUGUACAGCAGAGCCUUCUACUCCUGCGCAGCCGGGAUGGCGGUGGCCGCGGGGUGCCUGGCGCUGGUGAGGCCGUGCGGGAAGGGACUGUGCCGGCGCCACCACGCAGGCGACGGGAAGGCGGAGAGCUACCGGGGGAGAGCUUUGCAAGACAUCCCUGAAGACUUCCUUGAAAUGGACCUUGGGAAGCACGAGCAUAAAGUUCCUAUGAAAACGGAGCCAGAAUGACAGACAGGCUUUCGUACGACAUCAACCACCCAAGGCUGGUUGGGGGGCGGCAUCUGGGGGACACCGUGGUGUAGAGGAGCCAACCAUUCCACCUGCUUUCAAAACGACACUUGGAAGGGAAUGGGGACAUGAACACUACCACCAACAUCCUUUUCUCUGUGCUUUCCUGUUUGCUUGUUCUUUAAGCCAAAACAGAAACAACCAAAUACUCUUCCACACAGAAACCUGGCUGUAUUCCGGAGAGACCCAGAGACACGCGGAAGCACCGUGGUCCACAUUCCAGUUUUAAAAUAGUGACGCAAACUGGCAAAGUGGUUGUAAGCGCUCUCACAUAUAUCACCUGCUAUACUGUAAAACGAUAUCUAGCCCGGGUCAUUGAAAUGCAAUUGGCCAUUCAAAAAAAAAUCUUAAAUCACUUUUACAAUUUCUCAUUUUCAGAAAUAUGAACAAAUGGUCAAAACUCUUUGAAAAAUACUGAGGUUUUAUAUUAAAAACGUCUAACCUCUUAAUUUCCCAAAUAUUCAAUGGAAAUGAUGUACACUUUAAGACCAAACAUUUGGCUAAUAAAUGGAAAUUUGUGUGUGUAUAUAUAUAUAGUAUAUAUAUGUGUGUGUGUGUAUAUAUAUUGUAUAUAUAUGUAUAUACACACACACACACACAUAUGUAUACACACACACACACACACAAACUUGAAAAUUAUGAAUGUGAAGAUUCCCACGUCUUUUUAUGGCCAGUCAUUACCAGAAGUAUUUCACACAGAAUAUACAGAAUAGCAUUCAAAGUGCAUUUCCUGAUGCUCUUAAUUAUUCAGAAAUAUGUGAUUGUAGUAUCUUUAAUUUAAACCACUAUUUAUUAUUAAGUUAUUCUAGGAUGAUUAAAGUAAUCACAAGAAAUAUCACCUGGGACAUCAGCAUCACUUUCAGCUCCCUCGGCAAUCCUUUCGAUGCCUCAAAGAAUACGAAUGCUACUUCUCUUGUAAAGUUACUCCAGGAGGCCAAAUGGUAAUGAUUCUUCAAUGUGACUGAGGACAACAUGUGCUAUUUGAAGGGGGGAAAUAAUGAAUAGCAAAUAGCCUUAGCCUUUUAAAAUAAGGUUUCAUCACCUAAGAAUACUUGAGGAUGUUCUUUGGAUCAGAAUUCUAUUUCAUUGAAUGGUUGAAGCAUUUCUGAUUUAAAAAGAAAAACAUCUGACUGCUGAAGCAUUUCGGUGUUUCACACGGGGCGGCAGGGACAGUAACUUGACCAUCACGAGUUACAAGUGGCAAUUUCCGUCUUAUAUAAACUCUGACUGCUCUUAAUUUGCCAGAGUUUUCAGGGUAACCGAUCAUUGUUAUUUUGUGUUGUUGUUUGCAGUUACACUACAUGUAUAGUAUUUCUCAUUUUAGCCAUUUGCUGUAAAGAAAGUAAAUAUGAGGAUAACGGGUGGGUUACUGGCUCCUACGUCCCGAAUCUUACUCUACAGGUGAUGGUCCAUGCUCGCUGCUCCAUCCUCAUUCAUCUUCACUGUUAAUUUAUGACAACUCAGGGGGAAACAAUAUAAUAAGCCUAGUUUGGUUACAGGUACACAAAGCUUGAAUAUUUCUCUGCACUGAAAUGGAAGUGGCAUCGUUCAGCACCACCUGCUAUAUUUUGUACAGAAUUUUAUCAGCCAUAGACAUAGGACAAUCUGUAAAUCUUUGGGGGGAGGUGGAACAGGAAAUGACAAAGUGUCCGUCAAAAAAAGACACACCUAAAAUGAGGUCGAUGUAGCAGACCUGUCACUGCUUGAGAAGGACACUGAGUGUGACUGUUGCAGACUUACAUGACUUCAGCACUUUAUAACCAUUUCUACUAUGAAUGUUAAAUACGGUUUAAUAUUUAUAACUGAUUUCUGAGCUCUGUGCUCAUGUCCAUUCUGUUAACUGCAUGAAAAAAAUAUAUGCCAAUUCCAGUUUGUCAAUAAUCAAGGUUUUAAAUGUUUGGAAGAAAAUUAAAACGGGAUUGCUGAUUUGUUCUGUACUAGGGACAUUCUGGUACUUCUAGAUUUGUAAUAAAUAUAUAGCUUUUUUUAUUUAAA